UGCUUCCAGGAGAAUCUGGCGUUACUAUCUCAAGGUCUGUAGAGGCGAAUUCAAUUUCGCGCUCUGCAUCCUCACAUCCGGUUUCGAAUUUCAAAGGCCAAUGUAAGAGUAUAGAAGAUGGAGCUCACCGCCUUCCUCAUCAUCGCCGGCUUCAUACCUACGUCACUGGCACAGAAUUGGCCGAAUUCAACUACGGCAGUCGAGCCAACUCCGACACCCAUCGCUCCAUGGAAUGUAACGCACUAUGGAGGCGAAGUCAACAUUACCAACAACCUCGCCCUGACCCCUCCCAUGGGCUGGAGUUCGUGGAAUAAUUUCGGUCCCGACAUCAACGAGACAUUGAUCAAGGACACGAUUGACGCUUUAGAGCGGACCGGUCUGAAGGAUGCGGGCUACAUCUACGUCAACCUCGACGACGGCUGGCAACGGUACAAAGGCUCUCGAGCGGAACACCCACUGGAGGUUGAUCCCGUCAAGUUCCCCAGCGGAAUAAAAGCGCUCGCCGAUUAUGCGCACUCCAAAGGAUUCAAACUAGGCAUCUAUAGCGGGCCAGGCGACACGACUUGCGCAGGAUACACGGGAUCGGAGGGUCACGCCGAAGACGAUGCGAAGAUGUUCGCAUCCUGGGGGAUCGAUCAUUUGAAAUACGAUAGUUGCUGUUCGCAUCACGACGCUCCUCAAUCCGAGGUGCAGCAGGUAAUGCUGGACAUGAGCCGAGCGCUCAUUGCAACGAACCACUCCACGGUCUUCCAUGCAUGUCACUGCGGCUGGGCGAAUGUCUGGGAAUGGGCCGGAGAGGAGGGCGCCAAUCAGUGGCGAAUCGGGCAGGAUAUCUCGGAUGAUUUCAACUAUCCCGGCAACCGCGAGAAGUACUACUUCGACGUUCUGGACAUGCUUGAUCGGGGCAACGAACUUGCGCAGUACUCCGGACCUGGCCACUGGAAUGACUACGACAUGCUGAUUGUGGGAUUGAAUGGCGAGAGCAAGCAACUCGUCGGCACGGGAGCUAGCAACCUCGAAUACCGCACUCAUUUCAGCCUGUGGUCUAUCGUAAAUUCUCCGCUGCUUAUCGGCGCCAAUAUCAACAAGUUGGACAAAUACGAUCUCGAAACUCUCACCAACAAGGAGAUCAUUGAGCUAAAUCAAGACCCUCUCGGCCAGCCAGCGACCUUGCAAUGGAAGAAUGAGAACAAUACUCUUCAGAUAUACGCGAAGCAAAUGAAAGACGAGAGUUUGGCCGUGCUACUACUCAACAGGGGCAGCGAUACGGCGUAUAUCACCGUGGACAUGAGACGCGAUUUGACUGUGCCAUGGGAUGUUUACCGCAUGAGAGAUCUUUGGAAGCACAAAGAUCUGGGUCCGUACGAUAUACCGUAUACAACGGAGGUGAGGAGCCAUGAGGCGAAGGUAUAUCGUGUUUGGCAGGUUGCUUGCACAGUUGGGUGUUAAGUUUUGCGGGUUCGUUGGCGUGUUUCAAUUCUCCGGUCAACACAAGUAGUGACAGAUGACUUCAGUUGCCUAAUGGUUUGGAGGUCCUUGCGACUGGAC